AUGGAAGCCAUUAGCUUUAACGGCGCUGGCCACACAUUGCAAACCGUUGCGGUCGCCUCCCUUAUCUUCUCAGCAUUCCUCCUGCUCUCUAAUCUCAGGGAUCGUUUCCAAUUGGCCAAAUUGCCGGAAUUAAAGAGCUGUAAUAGCAGCGAACAGCAUCGCAUGGCAUACAUGCAGUCUGCACUUAAAAUGUACAGUGAUGGCUACAGGCAGUUCAAGGACCGUGUCUAUCGCAUUGCUUCAGAAGAUGGAAACGAAAACAUAGUCAUUCCUCCUAGUCUUAUGCCCGAGGUGCGAAAACUUCCGGACACGGUACUGGACUUCCCGGGGGCGAUCGAUAGGAUGAUGGAAUCGAAGUAUACCAAGUACUCCAGCGAAGCACCUCUCAUGGUUCACUCAGUCAGGGCUGACCUGACUCCAGCACUACCACGGCUGAACCGCGUCAUUCUCGAGAUAUCCGACCAAGCUAUGGCGGAGCAGAUGCCUCGGUGUGAAGACUGGACGCCCGUUCAUAUUUACUCGAAGCUCUCUAUUAUGGUGGCCAAGAUCUCUGGUCGCAUGUUCGUCGGACCUAACUUAUGCAACCAGCCAGACUAUUUGGAGUGUAGUGUUGCCUAUACUUUCGACCUCAUCCACGCCCAGCACGCCAUCAAACAGUUACGUCCCGUUCUCAAACCGUUUCUUGCCUCGAGGCUUCCAGAAGUCAAACUUUUACGCGACAGAGAAUUCAAAAUAAAACAGGUCCUAGCUCCGGAAGUGGAAAGAAGGCGCGCAGCUGCAGCGAACGAUUCAAACUAUGUGGAGCCCGAUGACCUUCUCCAAUGGCUACUCAAUCGAAGCAGCCAUGGUAAUAAAGAGGCUACAGUCGACGAGAUAGUGAAGCUACAGCUUGCUGUCAUCUUCGCGGCUAUUCACACAACUGCCAUGACGGUAACCAAUAUACUGUACAGUCUCGCCGUCACUCCAGAAUAUAUAGCUCCACUUCGCGAAGAGAUUCGCAACGUUUUGGCGGCAAACGAUGAUACUAUCACAACACAGGCGUUGUCGCAAAUGGUGAAAGUUGACUCUUAUAUGAAAGAAGUAUUUCGGUUGUAUCCUCCCGGUGCAACUUCCUUCACUCGACUGGUGAAGAAAGGCUUUACGCUAUCCAACGGGCAAUACAUACCCCCUGGAGUGACCAUCGAAGUCCCAUCGUACCCAAUUUAUCAGGACAGUGAGGUCUAUCCAGACAGCGAAAAGUUUGAUGGCUUCAGGUUUUCCAAACUCCGAGAAGGUGGUACUGCAGCAGAACAGGCUCGAAAUAUGUUUGUGACCACAAACGAACACAACCUCGCGUUUGGCUAUGGUAGACAUGCCUGCCCUGGAAGGUUCUUUGCCUCCAACGAGAUCAAGAUGUUGCUGGCGAGGCUUGUACUCGACUACGACAUCAAGAAUGCAGACGAUGUGACUGAAAGAUACCCGAACAUGUAUAUGGGCAGGUCGAUUUCUCCAGAUGCCACCAAGCUGUUAAUGUUCAAGAAGGUUCCUGUUUGA